AUGGCAGCCACAGGCAGAAGUGGUUCUUCUAGAAGGAAAGCAGAAAUGCCAGGAAAAAUCCGCAUUCAGUUGAAAGGGAAAAACUCAAAAGUAAUUAACAGCGGUGAUGAAGAUGACCCAGUAGCUGAUAAUAUGGAGGAUGUUGGUAUCAACAAUGAUGAAGUUGAUAAUUUGCCUGGAACAUUUGACAGUGGAGUACCAGAUGAUUUACCAGAAGGUACUUUUAUUGUACAGCCAGAACCUGUUGAAGACAAUCAGAUCAAAAAGAAACGUGAAGCUGCUGUGCGAAUUGACACUUCAGUCUUAGACAAUGUGAGUUGCACAGCUUGUGGGCGACAGGUGAACCCUUACAAAGGUGGUGCACUACAGAAACAUCCCACAUUGAAGGUUGCCAUUUGUAAACGUUGUGAGAAAUUCCUGUCCACUAAUGAAAUUGCCAAAGAUAAAGAUGGCACAGAUGAGCAGUGCCGGUGGUGUGGGGAGGGUGGCAGGCUUGUCGUUUGUGAUGACUGUGCUAGUGCAUUCUGCAAGGCUUGUGUGAUGAGAAAUUUCAACCGCUCAGAGUUCAAUAAUAUCAACAGUCAACAGAACUGGAAAUGCUACUUGUGCAACAAAGCUCCACUUCACAACUUGCGAGAGAAUUACAGAAAGAUCCGGGACACACUAAAGGCACUGCAGGAAAAAGAUAAAGCCAAAGCCGUGACACAGGCAGCAACCCCCACCACAAACACACCACCAUUGGAGAGAUCUGCUGGCAGCAAGCAGAUGUUCAAAAGUCUACUCCCUCCGAGCCCUUCUGUAAAAGCUGGGAAUGCAUCAGGAGUGAUCUCAGCUCCGAAGAAUUCUGUAUCUUUGGAAGGCGGAAGAGGUUCAUCAUUGUCCAGUCAAAAAAGUCACACAGAGAUGAGUCACAGACUUCUGUCCAAUGGUAAUAUGAAGGGUACCGUGUUCGGCAUAGAAGACAUUAAUGUGACAGUUGACAAUGUUUUUGGUGUUGUAGAUAAGCUAGCCAUUGCCACAGAUACUUUCAGAGAGAUAUUACAUGCAGUGCAGUCACAGUCUCAGUUUUCCGUUUCCACCAAUAUGAAUUUUCAUGCGCUGCGGCUUCACUGUGCGAAAACAUUAAAUAUGGGUAUAGAUACUUACAUAAAGUCACUGAAAACCAUUUUGUCUGGAUCUCAGCAUAUGCAUGAUAUGGCACAUAUGAUGUUCACGCCAGACAUGCUUCAGUCUCUUGGUGGUAUGGGUUCUGCAUCAUCACUUUCAGCGACAGAAGCGUUUGCAUUAUCCAGGCUGUCUGCUAAUCCGUUCAUUAUGCCCAUGGGAUCAAACAUAAGCCACCACUCCAAUAGAAAUAUUAUUGACACCAUUCUCGCGCAGCAGGGUUGCUCGGCGUCUACUUCAGCUACCGGCUAUAUGCCUGAAGUUAAGCAAGAGCCUAAAGACUUCUGCAAGGACAGCAGUUUAGAAAAACAAAUUGGUGGUUUGUUAAAAGAGAAAGAUUCUUUUGUUUCUAAUGUUGAACUUUCAAAAGUGAGUGGUAAAGAUCAUCAGUAUAUGAAUAACAACUCAGAAUGUGCAGUUGACAGCAUAGAAACUGCUAAAACAUCUAAGGAGGGAAGCAGCAUUCUUAAAGAGAAUUGUAAAGGCAGUUCCAACAUAAAGACAGAACAGAGUAUUAAAUCUAAUAAAGUAGGUAGUAUAAUUGAAAAGAAGAGCUCUGUGAGGGAAAAUUCGUAUCUUGGCCAGGAGAAAAGAAAUGAAAAGACAUCAGAUAAGGAACUUCAUACAGACCAAGACAGUACAUGUAAUGAGGUUCCAGAUGUAGUUAUAAAGAAAGAAGCAGUAUCUUCGCCUACACAGUGUACGGGAUCUGCUGAUGACAACUUAGAUACCAAGUUUGACUUGAUCAAGGAGCUUGCUGAUGAAAUGCUGAGAGAUGGUGAAGAUAAAGAAGUUAGAAACGAUGACAGGGCGGAAACUGAUAGUCCUUCUACUAGUCAGUUCAAGUCUGGAAACAGAAAAGGAAAGAAACGAGACAGUCCCUCAGACCCAGCUGCAGGUAAAGAAACAGACAGACAGAGUCUCAAGAAAGGUGUGGAUUCACUGGCAACUCUUCAAGAAAGCAAAAUAAUUGGUGAUCAGAAUGGGGAAACCAGUAAACCAGGAAUAAAGCUAACAAAGAAUUCUGCAGUUGGAGAACUCUCAAGUUCAUCUGCUAUGUCAAGCGAAGAUGACGAUGAUGUCGACCUAGCCACUAGAAGGAAAAUGAAAAAGAAAAAUGAAAUACAGAAACCAGCAGAAAAGAUAACCAAGCAGAAACAAGACACAAAGAAAACUGAAGAAAAAGCUAAAACAAAUGGAAAACUGGAGUCGGCAUUAGAAAAUAGUAAAGUAAAUGGCAACAGCAUUAAAAAAGUGGCUGUUAGUGCUGAUGUCAAAAACACUGAAGCAUCCAGGCAGCUAUCGGAGCGAAAAAGAAAGGCAUCUAAUGUGGAAAAGGAUGGAGAGGAAUCUGAAAAGAAGAUAAAAACAGACCCAAAGAUAGAAGAAAAAAAGAAGUCAAAACCAGGCCCCAAAAGUUCUAAGAAGGGCACUGACUAUGAUCAUCAUGCUUCGGGUGAGAAUGAAGUGGAAGCACAUUAUGACGAUGACAUGGAUGAUGAAGAUGAGCCAACUGUUACCUUUUUUCUGGAAGACCAACAGGAUGCAGAAGAUGACAGUGUUGCUGUGGAAAAUGGGGCACUGGAUAACAAGGAAGAUUUAUCCAGUGACAAAGAAGAUA